AUGGAUAUGCAGGAGACUCAAGAGGACGUUUAUCGUUAUUUCGAUCUUUUUGAUUUCAACAAUGAGGAUUUCUUAAAUGGACUGGAGAACGUAUUUGAAUCGUACUUAGAUCAGUUGAAUAACGACAAGGAUGAGAGAAUACACGAGAUAGUCACAGAGAUAAGCCCAGAAGAUAAGGAGAGACUGACUUUACAGGCGAAGACAUUCUAUUUCAGUAAGGAGACUGGUAAUAUCCUCAACAUUGAAGAUUAUCAAGAGUGGAAGAAGAGCCAAAAUCCCGAGCCUGGGUAUUCUAACGAUUACCAAAAGGUUGUUGAGCUUAUUAUGAGUGGCAGGGAGAAUGAGAUUCCCGGUAUAAAACAGAUACCAGACACAGUGCUCGAAGGCCAAGGUAGUGAGAGCAAGUCUUCACAGAGAAAGAAACCAUGGGAAAUCGCCAAAGAAAACGAACCGAAACCGGAUGAAGAUAACGAGGAACAGACUAACAAGGAAGACACAACAGAUGCUACAGUGAUUUGA